AGUCCUCGAAUUCCCGGGUGUGUGUCUGUGUCUGUGUCUCGCGGCGGUGCCGCGGCGGUCAAGCGCUUUGGGGUCCGCGUCUGAGGCGUCACCGCUGUCACUGCCGCCACCAUACCGAGUCGCUUCUAGAGGGACGGAGACCCGGCCCUUCGCCGGGUGGAGAAGAUGUUGCCCCUGUCCAUCAAGGAUGAUGAAUACAAACCACCCAAGUUCAAUCUGUUCGGCAAGAUCUCAGGCUGGUUUAGGUCUAUCCUGUCGGACAAGACAUCCCGGAACCUGUUCUUCUUCCUGUGCCUGAACCUCUCUUUCGCUUUUGUGGAACUACUCUAUGGCAUCUGGAGCAACUGCCUAGGCUUGAUCUCCGACUCUUUCCACAUGUUUUUUGAUAGUACUGCCAUAUUGGCCGGCUUGGCAGCUUCUGUUAUUUCCAAGUGGAGAGACAAUGACGCUUUCUCUUAUGGGUAUGUUAGAGCGGAAGUCCUGGCUGGCUUUGUCAAUGGGCUGUUUUUGAUCUUCACUGCUUUCUUUAUUUUCUCAGAAGGAGUUGAGAGAGCAUUGGCUCCUCCAGAUGUACACCAUGAGAGACUGCUGCUUGUUUCAAUUCUUGGAUUUGUGGUAAACCUAGUAGGAAUAUUUGUUUUCAAUCAUGGAGGUCACGGACAUUCUCAUGGCUCUGGCCAUGGACACAGUCAUUCCCUCUUUAAUGGUGCUCUAGAUCACAGCCAUGGCCACGAAGAUCAUUGCCAUAGUCACGAAGCCAAACAUGGAGCUGCACACAGCCAUGACCAUGACCAUGCUCAUGGACAUGGGCACUUGCAUUCCCACGAUGGUCCAUCCUUCAAAACAACGGCAGGACCCAGCAGACAGAUUUUACAAGGUGUAUUUUUACACAUUCUCGCAGAUACACUUGGGAGUAUUGGUGUAAUUGCCUCUGCCAUCAUGAUGCAAAAUUUUGGGUUGAUGAUAGCAGAUCCUAUCUGUUCGAUUCUUAUAGCCAUUCUUAUAGUUGUAAGUGUUAUUCCACUUUUAAGAGAGUCUAUUGGAAUAUUAAUGCAAAGAACUCCUCCCUCGUUGGAAAAUACACUUCCCCAGUGCUAUCAGAGGGUGCAACAGUUACAAGGAGUUUACAACUUGCAAGAACAGCACUUUUGGACACUCUGUUCUGACGUUUACGUUGGAACCUUGAAGCUCGUAGUAGCCCCUGAUGCUGAUGCCAGGUGGAUCUUAAGCCAAACACAUAAUAUUUUUACUCAGGCUGGAGUGAGACAGCUUUAUGUACAGAUUGACUUUGCAGCAAUGUAGUCAAAGAAAGGAAACUGACUGAGGACCAAACUUUUCCAGUACUGUGCAAUCCAAAGCAUUGUACUACCCAGUGCUCUGAAACAGAGUUAUGACCACUACAGCUCGGAAGCACCAAGUAUGCAGGUAGAGUCAGCUGUGUGCUCGAGGAUCACAGCCGAAUCCUGCCCAGACUGUUGCCUGUGUGCUUUUCCCUUCAAGCCAUUCUGACUGCUGAGGUUUCUGGGUUCAUUUAGGGUACUGGGUUAUCUUUUUUCCCCCUGGGGGUUCUUACUGAUCACCUUCACCCCAUCCUUAUCAUCCCACCCAGCCAGUGAGAAAUUCAGACUGUAGGCCUUCAACCUUCUGAAUGUCAUCACUAAAGCUGCUGGAAACCACUGCUUUUAUUCCCGUAAAACCAGUGUUGUUUUUACAAAAAGUCUGUUUUCUAUGUAAUGUCACAGUUGUUGACGUUCUUCAGUGUAAUCAUACAUUUGUAAAAAUUGUUUGUACCUUGCAAACUUACAAACCAAACCAUAUUGGGUUUUCAAAGUGCCUUUGUAUCAGAAAUAUAUAUGCCAGCAUAGAAAUAUACCAUCAAAGGUCAUAUGUAUGUUUUUUUAAAAUGGAUGUUCUGUAAUUUGUACAAAAUAAGACUUGCUAGUAACAUACAUAAUUGUCUUUGUGUAUUUCCAACAUAGAUUUAAAUAUAUUAAAUUUUUGGUCUUGUGAAAAAUGAUAUUAUUUUGCUUUAUAAAAAAUCCAGUUAUCACAUUAAGUUACUUUGUAGCCUAUUUUCAAAAAUGCAAAUACAUUAGAAAAACUUAUUUAGACCUAGACCAUCUGCUCCCUCACAGAUUUCUAUAAAAACCUUCACCCGUCUUUGGUCUAUUUUCUAGUGUCUCUCCUUGCCAUGUCUAGAUUCUGUUCAUGACAAGAAAAGCACCUCGGGGUGGCAGAAAGAGUGGUGCCAGCGCUGUCUUAUGUCUUUGUAUUCUCCAGGAUCUAGGACAGUGCAGCUCUCUAGGUUUGUUUGCACAAAUACAAAUUACUUCCAGGAAAUCUAGAACAGCAUUCAAUUGAGGAUGAACUUUUAUCACGACAGAGCAAUUUGGUGGCAAAGAAUUCUUUCUCAUGUGGGUGUCUUACAAUGGUUGAUUUUCCAGGGUCCUGAGUAUAUGAGAAAUAUAAUUGUGACAGGCAUGGUGAUCCACACUUUUAACUCCAGCACUCAGGAAGCAGAGUCAAGGGAUAUCUGAGUUCAAGGCCACCCUCAUCUACAUAGUGAGUUCCAGGACAGCCAGGGCUACACACAGACCCUGUAAUAAGUUACAAAUAAAUUGCAGUUUGAGAUGACAGGUGCUUAACACUCAUAUAUUCUUGGUCUUUUCUGAGGAUAAGCAAUUUGAGUGGAUAUUUUCACAUUGUAGUUCACAUAUCCCAGUAAAUAUUUACUAUUGUUUAAGUAAAUUGAUAUUGUUAGCAAAAAUUUAAAAACCUUGCCCUGCAAAAAUAUAAAGAGUGUAGAUCAGUGACAGGCACUUUACCACUAAGGUGGCAGAAUUUACUGUUGAUGUGUGUCUGAGUUUUCAAGUACCUUCCUCCUAUUUCUCACCUACAGUUUAUGCAUUAGGAGAGCUGUACGGUGCACAGCAGCAGUAAAAUGCCAUACAAUGUCUGUGGCACCUUUUUUGUAAAUCAUGUGGUAAUUUCAAAGCCUAUUUGCUUUCUGUCAGGCAGUUCUAAGGCUAAAAUUCCCUGCAGUAGUUUGUGUUUGAUUGAAACAAGUGCUGUAGUCUUUCAGGAAGGCAAGUGCAAAUGGACACGUCUUGAUGCUCUCCUCCUCCUUCGUUUCCGUUCUGAUACACCCCAGGAUAGUCUGUGGCUUGGGGCAGUCUGCUAAAAAUGAAGGUCUAGAUGAGGGCAGAGCCUCUGAUGGGAAUGAGUCCUUACAAGCCAAACCCAGCAACUGUUGACUCUGUGUGUGUGGAGUCAACUGUGCUGUCUCUGAAAUUUACUAAACCUGCUUUCCACUGGGCCCUUAGUUCUAAGUGAAGUUUUUGUCAAAAUGUGUCAUUUUAUUUAAUGAGGCCCUCAGUACACAAAUCCAUGAAUGUUGCUGGUUCCUUUGAUGAGACAUAGAAUAUGCUUGAUGUGAAACUAAUUUUGCACUUUGUUCCAAGAGCUUGCCAUUUAUCAGGUUGGCUUUGAUAUUUUUUGCUUAAUUAAAUGUUGGCAUACCUGUGUGUAUUUUUUUUAAAAAAAAAUGUGAACAGAAACAUUUUUCAUAGAAAAAAAAAAGCUUGUCUUUUAGUAUUCUCCAUACAGAUGUAUUACUAGCAGGUGGUUUUACUAAGAAAUACUGUCUGGUUAUGGUAAUAAAACAAAUUUCAUAUACUCUUAACAUUAGGCUAAUAUUACCAAAAAAAAAAGCCAAUAUGGGUGUACAGUUGUCAGUCUGUGAAUAACCAAAGUUUUUUUUUUCCCCCUCUGAAUAACAAACCUACAUUGUUCAGGGAAAGUUUACCUUACCAGAUAAACAUCCCCAACUAGGUAUAUUUUGAAAACUCCAUUGUAGUACUUGAUGAAGAACUUGACCUAAGGCCAGCUUCCUCCUUUUGAAGCCUCCCUGUCUGUCUUUCUGAAGGACAGUAUCUAGUAUGUGUAGGCUAGUUUUCCCUCUCCGUCACCACCCUCUUCUGUAGUAGCAGCCUAAGAACAUGGCCACAGAUGUCAUUUUGAUUUCUCCUUAUCUGGAUACUUCAAAGCCUACACAUAUGUACCAGGAACCAAAAUACUGUGACAUCAGUGUGCCUCUGUAGAGCAGCCAAAUCGCUAACCCACAAUAUAGCUGAUCAGAACUCUCAUGAUUUUACAGAUGGUAGCAUGGGGACCAACCUGGGGUAGAAUGUUGGGGUUUAAGAGUACCACAUUGCUUAAGAUGGAACUUCACACUUAAACAAAGACUGCUGGGAGCGCUCUGCUUCUACCUCUCAAUCUCAGAUGAGAGACCUGAAGUCCAGAGAAACUGUCAUUUCCGUAAGAUUACAGGGAUCAGUGGUGGCAAAGCCAAGGCUCAAAUGUGACCAUUCAGUCGAGAGUUCUUUACACUGUACUGUGCUGCUCCCCUGUGUGACACUGCCAUUCUGUAAAUGUGACUAAUGAUGGCUUGUAAAUAAAGAACUCUGACCUCUAGCUUUGAUUCAUUAAGGCACUUUAUUAUGCA